GACAAACCAGAUCUUCAGUCACCGAUCGGUAGCUUACGUGUUCUGCUCCUGACCCUCGACCCGAGUGAGUGACAGAUUAAACAACUCCGCAAGAUUCUCUGCAGGGAGAUCAAGAACAUGGGUUCAAAUGAUCGACCUUGAUGUGGUGGCAGGCAGGCUCCAAAUGCAGACCAGAUUAGAGACUAUGUUCAGUUCCUGCAUCCGCUGUUCUUGCUAGAUCCCUCCAAGCUAGCUGGCAUCAUAGGCUGCACAUCCAUCGGUUGGUACGAGCCAUGCGUAUAUAUAGCCAGCACUGACGACGUGUCCUGGUCGAGCACAAGAACAGCCAACAGAUUCGAGCUUCGUUUUUGCAUUGAUUCAGUAUGGGGCAUGGAAUUGGUCCUGCUGCUGCUGUUGACCAGCCAGGCUGCAGAGUCCUUCCCGUCAUCGAGGAGGAGUCGGAGCCGGAGGGGGAGGGGGAGGGCUCGCCGGAGAUGACGAGGCUGGCCGAGCGCAGAAAGGCCAUCGUGGCCAGGAUGCGGGAGCUCCUCAGCCGGGCCGCCGCCGCGCAGUCUGCUCACUCCAAGCUCCGCCGCUCCACCGUCGCCACAGCCAAGAAAUGGAAGAGAGCCGUCGGCCGGAUCCAGAGGAGGAGCAAGAACCAUCAGCAGGUAGCAGCAGCUCUGCAGGAAGACGGCGGCAUGCUGAGCUCGUCGUCGUCCAUCUCCAGCCAGAGCAGCUACAGCCGGGACGCCGCCGCCGCCGCCGCCGCAGAGAGCUGCUGCUCAGCGUCUGCCAGCUGCCUGUCCCCUGCCAACGUCUCGCCGCUGCUGUGGCCGGCGUUCGUAUCCGCGCAGCGAGCCGAAGCGACGGAGGAUCGGCAGCGGCGAGAAAUGUCCUCGCCGGCGACCAGCGUGCUGCGGCUGUCAUGUGGCAGCUCCUGGUCGGAGGAUGAUGACGUGAGGAUGGCUCACUGGGUCACCACGGAUUCAGACUUUGUCGUGCUGGAGCUCUAGCCAUGGAGACGCUCCUCAACAAGGAUCGAUUCGAUCGUCGAGGCACAAGCAAGAACAUUAUUGGCAAGAAGAAGAACCAUAGACGUGCAAUGGCCCGCUGAAUCCAUCCUGAAUCAAAAGCAGUCGAUCGCUGCUGCCUGCUGCACUGCCGCGGCCAGGGGAGUGGGCCUGGGCUAAGUCUAAGUGGGCCAUCAACAUGGGCCGUAACGAUUUCUUGACAACAAACCAGGCCCGCAUGUUACGAAGCCUAAUUAUUUUUUGAGGAAAUUAUGUAUGUCAGUAUGUGGUUCUGUCAACUGUGUACCGCCUAGAUUUAGCUUGAUGUUGAGGGAAUCAACCCCUACAAUGACAACCCCUACAAUGACUUUUAAUCACUAGGGAAUGUUGAUGUCAAACUAUUUAGCU